UGAAAAUGUCGUAAAAACGGACACUCCGCCAACAUUCUGGCUGGGAUGCAGAGCUUGAGUUGAUUCGCCUUUAUAAAUAACUUAAUGUUGUUUACUGUAAACUUUGCAUCAACGGCACUCCUUUUGUUUCGGAAGUUGCUCACUAUUUGGGAGUUCACACACAUUACAGUCCUCCGGGGUGAGAUGAUGCGACGAUGGACACAGACGGGCGGCUGGUGACACACUGACCGAUUGAUCUGUGGUGACAGAUGCCUCCUGCGUGCUAGGACACGAUCAAAGCUGUAAACAAGCCACUUCACGGUCACUUUGUUUUACCAUACUGGAUAUUUUAACAAUGCAUUUCGAAUUGUAAUGCUUCACCACAAUAUUUAAAGCACUGUACUUGUUAGCUCACAACUUAGCGUUAGCCUAAUACACGAUGCUAUAUUCCACAAAAAAUAAUGGAGGUUGACGACGACGACGUGCCUCUCAUCCUCACCUGGGAUGAUGCAAACAGCGGUUUGCUCAAUGAGGAGCCAGAGAGGGGAGACGAGAAUGGAGGUGCUGGAAAUUAUGACAUAGUGAAUAACACUGUGGUGUCAACAGCUGGGCCCCAAACCCACCGAGUGCACAGUGUGUCAUUACGGCAAAGUUGGGAGAUGAACUACCAGGAGGCUGCCAUCUACCUACAGGAAGGAGAAAACAAUGACAAGUUCUUCACCCACCCUAGAAACCCCAAGGCGCUUGCGGCCUACCUCUUUGCACAUAACCACAUCUUCUACAUGAUGGAGCUUCUCACGGGUCUCCUGCUCAUGGCACUGUCGCUGUGUGAAGCUCCUGCAGUGCCGACGCUGCGACUGGAUGUCUAUAUUCACGCCACUCUGGAGCUCUUAGCUUUAGUUAUGGUGGCAUUUGAACUGUGCAUGAAGCUCCGUUGGCUGGGAUUCCACACAUUCAUACGACACAAGAGGACAAUGGUGAAGACAUGUGUGUUGCUGCUACAGUUUGUGGAGGCCAUCGUGGUUCUGGUCAGACAGACAUCCCACAUGCGAGUGACCCGGGCCCUCAGACCAAUAUUCCUGGUGGAUUGUAGAUACUGUGGCGCCGUGCGCAGAAAUUUACGUCAGAUCUUCCAGUCCCUCCCGCCAUUCAUUGACAUCCUCCUCCUGCUGCUCUUCUUCAUGGUCAUAUUUGCUAUUUUGGGUUUCUGUCUCUUUUCUACAAACACUGCAGAUCCAUACUUCAACACUCUGGAGAACAGCAUGGUCAGUCUGUUUGUGCUGCUCACCACAGCCAAUUUCCCUGAUGUGAUGAUGCCAGCGUACUCAAAGAGCAGCUGGUCCUGUGUGUUUUUCAUCGUGUACCUCUCCAUUGAGCUCUACUUCAUCAUGAACUUGCUCCUAGCAGUCGUGUUUGACACCUUUAAUGAUGUAGAAAAGAUGAAGUUUAAGUCUCUGUUGCUUCACAAACGCUCGGCUAUUGACCAUGCUUUCCAGCUGUUGGUCAGUCGCCAGAGACCAAUGGGUGUCUCGUUGAAACAGUUUGAUGGCCUGAUGCGUUUUUACAGACCGCGUAUGUCUGCAAGGGACCGCUUUCUCACCUAUAAAGCUCUGAACACCAAUGGAGCGCCCAUGCUCGGUCUGCAGGAAUUUUACAAGUUCUACGAGGUCACUGGUCUUAAAUGGAAGGCACAACGUAGUGGGGAAUAUUGGUUUGAUGACUUGCCACACACAGCCUACCUUAUUUUCAAAGGCAUCAACCUACUAGUGAGGUCUAAGGCCUUUCAGUACACCAUGUAUGCGGUUGUGGCCAUUAAUGGCGUGUGGAUCCUUGUGGAGACAUAUACUCUACACAGUGGAUUCUCCUGGUCUAGGCCGGUUCCCUGGAAUUAUAUUGUCUUCCUUACUAUUUAUGGUGUUGAGGUGCUGUUGAAGUUAUCUGGUUUGGGACCAUUGGCUUAUUUCAGCUCUGGAUGGAAUCUGUUUGACUUCUUGGUCACGGUGUUUGCAUUCUUGGGGCUGAUUGCACUCGCCUUUGAUAUGGAGCCUUUCUACUUUAUUGUUGUGCUGCGACCACUUCAGCUGCUCCGGUUGUUUAAGAUCAAGCAGCGGUAUCGCAACGUGUUGGACACCAUGUUUGAGCUCCUCCCCAGGAUGGCAAGUCUGGGGUUAACCUUGAUCAUCUUCUACUACUCCUUUGCUAUUGUGGGCAUGGAGUUCUUUGCUGAUGUUGUUUACCCCAACUGCUGCAACACCAGCACGGUGGCCGACUCCUACAGGCAGAUCAACGUCACCUUUGGCAACAAAACGGUUUUGGAAGAAGGCUACUAUUAUCUCAACAACUUCAACAACAUUCUCAGGAGCUUUGUGACUCUUUUUGAGCUGACUGUUGUCAACAACUGGUACAUCACAAUGGAAGGAGUGACCUCCAUGACCAGCCACUGGAGUCGUCUCUACUUCAUGACCUUCUACAUCGUCACCAUGGUGGUCAUGACCAUCAUUGUGGCAUUCAUCCUGGAUGCUUUCGUGUUCCGCAUGAACUACAGCCGCAAGAACCGGGAAACACGGGAGAACCCAGAAGAUGAGAAUGGAAUUGUGUUUGAGGUCGAAGUGGGCCGUGAAGAAGCUCUUUCCACUCUGGCGUUGUACAAACAGAUGUGUCCAGCACACUCGUCCCUCAGCUCACUGCAGGGAGUCAUACAAGCCAUGGACCGUAGUGGGAGUGAAGAGCCCUCAUCGCUGUUGUACCAAGGAAGGAGGUCCAGGACAAAGUGUGACCUCAGCAUGAAAAUGUAUGCAGAGGAGAUGCAGGAGUGGUAUGCAGAAUAUUCAAGGGAAAACCUUCCCCAGCCAGACCAAAGCCAGGAACACGACUUGGACAGUCCUACCUCCAAUCCACCUUUUGUCCCUGCACCUCAGCUCAUCUCACAAACUGGACGUUACAGUAUUAACUAACGCAGCAACACACUCCAGGACUUCUAAUUCCACUCCAAUGGCCCACUGUAGGUAAAACUGGUCUGGUGUUUUUUGGGCCGAUGUGAGUUGACAUGGUGGCCUUUCUCAGGACUCAAAGACAGACAAGUGGUACAUUUGCCUUCUGUUGGCCUUUUCGGAGACAAUGGCUCCAGCAUUAAACAGUAUACUGAGGGCGCCUUUUAAUACUAAUACUACACUACACCAUGUACAGUACGUACAGUAUAGGCUGCAGACCUUUUGUAGAAACCCUCAUUUUAAAAGAAGUCAAACAAUUUCUUCAAUGUAUUUUGUGUGUAUAUAUAAUUGAAUUGUGUUCUCUAGCAAUAUUCAUGUUUAAUGCAGUAACACCCUUAGGGGUGAAAGGUUACAUACAUUUAAUAUUGCUGAAUUCCUUUUUAGACAUGUGCAAAUGGGUUUUGUACAGUAUAUUUACUAAAAAUAAAUGAAAAUGAUGAAUUUA